AAUUAAUGAGUUGUGACGUCAGUCAUCAGCUCCUGCGGUUGGAUCAUGAUUACUGUGGAUAGACCUCCCACAGCUAGACUAGCUGGCUACUAAGACUUCUGCAGAGCAGAGAAUCAAUCAAAUCACACCAUUAAAUUAAACAUCAGAUGGCAGCCAGCAAGGCAGUAACCCCUAUCAAAGGAGAAUUCUUGAGGGGUACAUCCAGCUUUCGAAACUGGAUCACUAAGGAUGGCAGCAGUGGAUUCAAAGCCGAGAGUGGUCGAUACCACCUCUAUGUAGCCAAUAACUGCCCAUGGGCCCACCGCACCAAAGUGACCAGACGAUACAAAGGCCUGGAGAAAAUCAUCUCUAUGGAUACAGCUGAUCGGUGGAGAGACGUUGAGAAAGGAUGGAGGUUUGAUCCAUCUGUGCCUGGAACAACUGCAGACACAGUGAAUGGAUGCACCUACCUCAGGGAUAUCUAUUUCCUGGCAGAUCCUAACUACUCGGGUCAUUUUUCUGUGCCUGUUCUGUGGGAUAAGGAGAAGAAGACAAUUGUGAACAAUGAGAGCUCUGAAAUUAUCCGCAUGCUUAACUCUGAGUUCAAUGAAUUCUGUGAGACUGAUGGGCAACGCUCAUUGGACUUGUACCCCGAACACCUCAGGAAAGAUAUUGAUGAUCUCAAUGAGUGGAUAUAUCCUCAGAUCAACAAUGGAGUAUACCGUGCUGGUUUUGCCGGGACCCAGGCUGCCUAUGAUGUGGCUGUGAGGGAGGUGUUUGAGGGUCUGGAUCGUGUUGAGGGCAUUCUCUCUACACACCGCUAUCUCACUGGAAACACUCUCACUGAGGCCGAUGUUAGACUCUUCACUACCCUUGUUAGAUUCGAUUUCGCCUAUCACACAAAGUUUAAGUGCAACAAGAAGAGAAUUAUUGACUAUCCCAGCAUGUGGGGGUAUCUUCGUGACUUGUUCCAGACAACCGGAUUUGGUGAUACUACUAACUUUGAGCAUUUCACCCAAGGAUACUACCGAAAUCGUGAUGGAGAAACUAUUGUUCCAAUUGGUCCAGAUAUUGACUUCUAUCAACCUCAUGGCAGACAGUCAAUCUAAAGGACACAAUCGCAGAAUAACGAACUGAUUGCAAUUGUCAGAGAGACUGCUUAAUAUUAUAGUUAUCAUAUGAGUCGUUACCAUACAGAUACAUUAUAAUUGUAUCAGGAAGUCAAAACACA